AUUUAAUUUUCUAAUAAAGGAUUUAUGAUCUAUCAGAAGCUUCACGUAGCGGGAAUGGAAAGCACGCAAUCGCGACCCCUUUCUCUUCAUCUACAUUCUUUUCCUCCAAAUCCCUUCAAUAUUACCAGCCAAUUCUUCAAAAUCAAAGCCUCCCAAAACCCCAUCAAACACCGUGGAUUUCCCAAGUAUCGCAAGAGGAAACACAAUUCAUCGUUCACAGAGAAAGAUGCAUUUCCAGAAUCAUUACCACUCCAGACCAAAAACCCAGCGGCUGUUUACAAAGACAUUCAAAGAUUCGCCAGGCAAAACAAGCUCAAGGAAGCUCUCACCAUCAUGGACUACUUGGACCAGCAAGGUAUUCCUGUUAAUGUCACUACCUUCUCUACACUUAUUGCCGCUUGCGUUCGAUCAAAAUCUCUACGUGAAGCCAAACAAAUUCAUACCCAUAUCCGCAUUAAUGGCCUUGGAAACAACGAGUUCUUGCGAACUAAAUUGGUCCAUAUGUACACUUCUUGCGGUUCUCUUGAUGAUGCCAAACUUGUGUUUGAUGAAUGUACUAGUAGUGGUAGUGUGUACCCGUGGAAUGCCUUGCUUAGAGGUACUGUGAUAUCGGGUGGCAAAAGAUACCUUGAUGUGCUUUCUGCCUAUGCAGAAAUGCGACAAUUAGGUGUUGAAUUGAACGUGUAUACUUUCACUAAUGUGAUUAAGAGCUUUGCCGGUGCAUCAGCUCUCCGGCAAGGUUUGAAGACUCAUGGCCUUUUGGUAAAGAAUGGAUUGCUUGACAGUUCAAUUCUCAGGACCGGUUUGAUUGAUAUGUACUUCAAGUGUGGCAAGAUUAAGCUUGCACAUACCUUGUUUGAAGAAAUGCCUGACAGAGAUAUUGUUGUCUGGGGUGCAAUGAUUGCGGGUUUUGCGCAUAAUAGGCGUCAAAUGGAAGCAUUGGACUAUUUAAGAUGGAUGAUAGGUGAAAGAAUAUACCCCAACUCGGUCAUACUAACCACAAUCCUCCCUGUGAUAGGAGAAAUGUGGGCAAAGAAGUUAGGCCAGGAGGUUCAUGGGUAUGUUUUGAAAAGAAAGAAUUGUUCAAGGCAAUUAUCAAUUCAGUCUGGACUAAUUGACAUGUACUGCAAAUGUGGAGACAUGGGUUCAGGCAGGCGGGUGUUUUAUGGCUCAAUGGACAGGAAUACUGUGUCUUGGACUGCUUUGAUGUCUGGUUAUGCAUCAAAUGGGAGGCAUGACCAGGCUUUGAGAUCUGUAGCUUGGAUGCAGCAGGAAGGGUUUAGGCCUGAUGUUGUCACAGUUGCCACUGCUAUUCCAGUUUGUGCAGAGUUGAAGGCUUUGAAGCAUGGCAAGGAAAUUCAUGCUUAUGCUGUUAAGAGUUUGUUCUUGCCUAAUGUAUCUGUAAUAACUUCUCUGAUAAAAAUGUACUCAAGUUGUGGGGUCUUGGACUACUCUGUUAAAUUAUUUGAUACCAUGGAGAAUAGGAAUGUGAUAUCCUGGACAGCUAUGAUUGAUUCCUAUGUAGAAAACUGGUGUAUAAAUGAAGCAUUGUCCGUGUUUAGGUCAAUGCAGUUGUCAAAGCACAGGCCAGACUCUGUUGUGAUGGCAAGAAUGUUGAGCAUUUGCAGUGAAAUUAAAGCUUUGAAGCUUGGGAAGGAGAUUCACGGGCACGUCUUGAAGAAAAAUUUUGAGGCAAUUCCUUUUGUUUCAGCAGAAAUUGUGAAGAUGUAUGGGAGCUGUGGAGCGAUUCAAGGAGCAAAAUCAGCUUUCUAUGCAAUUCCAGUCAAGGGUUCAAUGGCGUGGACUGCUAUUAUAAAGGCAUAUGGAUGUAAUAAUCUAUGGCAGGAAGCUGUCCACCUCUUUCACAAGAUGAUAUCUGGUGGUUUCACUCCCACCCAUUUCACUUUCAAAGUUGUUCUAUCGAUUUGUGAACAAGCUGGAUUUGCAGAUGAUGCUUGUCGGAUCUUUGAUAUAAUGACUCGAAGGUAUAAAAUCAAUGCAUCUGAAGAAUAUUACUCUAUUAUCAUUGGACUUCUUACUCGUGAUGGUCGCAUUCAGGAGGCUGAAAGAUUUAUACAGAUGAGUUCUUCCUCGUAAUAAGAAAAAAUUGAUAUUUUUUGUACCAAUUAAGUUCCUGCAACCUCCGUGAGGUUGUUCAAUACUUGGAAAUUGUAUAGAUUUGUGCAACUUAGCAUAUCAUAUGAAACUAAGAAAGAAAGAAAAAAGAAAAAAAAAGAGGGAAAAUUUUCUUUCAUUUGUCAUGAGCAUAGUGUUGUACAUUUCCCAAUCAUGACUAACAUGCUGGAAGACAGCAAUUUCCUUUGUGCAUACAGAAAAGUUCGUAGAUUGGAUGGUUUAGGUCCCAUUUCAUAGUUUCAUUGGAUAGCUCAACCAUUAAACAAAAGAAGGAAAAGAAGAAGAGGCCAAGGAGGCAUGCAAAUUAGAAGUGGUGCAAUGGAUUGAUUAUAUUGGCAGGGCAAACCCUAACUGCAAUGCAUACUUGAGAUUCGUGCAAUAAUUGUCUUCCUUUUUUCUAUUUUUUAAAUUGUUGCAUAAAAUUUAAAUUUAUUUUUCUUAGGAAUUGAUUAUUUGAUUGCCAAGAAAGUAGAGGAAAAUGCAAAAUGUUUCUUAAAUUUAUAAUUUUUGUCCCUUGAUUUCACUUUUUUGGUGGUAGUUCUUUUGAUAUAGGGUUUUAUCUGCUGCUGUAAUGCUAUUUUAUUUAGACAUUACUGCUGCUGUAUAUACUUGUAAUAAUAGAAUUAUCUGUCUUUUUUGGCUGAUAUUAUGGC